GAGUUAGCGGAUAAACUGCACAACAUAUGUACAAACUGUGCGCUGUUUGUUAUACAGUGAUACACAGAUGGUAUGGCAUUUGCCGUUUAACAUUUGGGUUUUCAGUACUUCGUCAGCCGUUGUUGGAUUCCCAGCACAUUUUGAACGCAGGUCGAACACAAGAUACACACAAUAAGGGAUAAAACAAUAAUCAUAUGUUUCAAAAGUCGACGAAGUGAACAGAUUCAAGCGAAAUGAAUUUGUUGUGUGUAUGGUGGAUUGGAGUCACAAAUUCUAUCAUCAGCAGAAUGUGUUUUAAGUUGUUGGCUUCAAAAAAAUCGACGUUGCGUUUAAUUUUUGUGCAAAAUUGAUAGACAUUCGGCAAUCAUAAUUGUAUAAGUUUAACUGUGUUCGUCUAUUCAUUUAGAAAUAUUUCGUUAGUGGUUGUGUUUUGUGCACACAAAAAAAAUAGAAGAAAAAAGCAGAAAACAAACAUGCAGACUACUGUUUAAAAUGGGUUUUCAAUUGUAUUACAUUCAGUGGAUUUGAAUGCGGAAAGAGAUGCAUAAAGUCUGAAUCACUGUUUACCAUCAAUCAAUAGCAUGAAAUUCAUUCAUGACUCGUGCGAUCGUGAUACAAGCGUGUGUAUUAGCGAGGCACUCAAAUUAAAAGAAUUGGAAGAAUAGUGUUUUUUUUUCUUCUUUCCAACAUAAAUCCAGACGGCAGCUUCUUAUCACAAUUCUUCUGAUUAUCGGCUUAAAUUUCAUUUUGUUGAUUCAUUUUUCGUAAUAGUUUUUUAAAUUUUUAAUAUAAUCAUAAGGCGAAAAAAGACGCGUAUAGUUUGUAACCCAAUUCAUUUUACCAAAGCAUAGAAACAUUCUUGGAAAAUAGAAAAGAUUAUUUAAUUUUUUUGACAUCGUUGAUGUUGUCAUCAAAGCAAGAUUUUCGAAAAAGUGUAAAUACAAACGAUAAAAAGCAACGGAAAAAAAGAAUAAAAAAAGAACAGUGAACUGAACACAAAUCAUUUUGUGUAUAUGUAAGUUGUUGUGUGGAACCACCCUUUUUGCGCAUCCAUCAAACAUUUGUACGCAUUUGGUGUGUGUUUGUGUAUGUGUCUGCCAAUGAAAAAAAAUAUAGCACGAGCUGAGCAAUACCAACGACAAAUACGUGGACAUUCGUAUCGGGAUACGGUGUGUGCCUUUUCCUACCAACACAUACAGCACAUAAGGGCAACGUUAUCCUUGUGCACAUUGCCGUGUUGUCUAUUUCACGAUAUUCUUAUUGCCGCCGCCGCCGCCAACAACGUUACUACCACCACCAACACAACGACAACACCUCGUUAACUCUAAAACGUUCAUCAACUCACACAAACUCAACAUGGCUGUUCCAAUUUUUGCAGAGGGUCGUCUCGGGUCCACACCAGAUUUAGGUGUACCAGAUAUGACUUCAAUAUCGGAUAUCGAUGAGAAUGGCAUAAAUAACAAUUUAAAAGUCCGCUACGAUCGAGAUCAAAUAUACACAUACACCGGCAGUAUCUUAAUCGCUGUGAAUCCAUACAAAGAAAUAGAUUGUUACACAACGGACUAUGUAUUAAAAUAUCAUGGUCAAAAAAUUGGAAUGCUGGAACCGCAUGUGUUUGCGCUGGCAGAAGCUGCGUAUGGAAAUAUGCUUGACAGCGACCGGAACCAAUCGUGCGUUAUAUCGGGUGAAUCAGGAGCUGGAAAAACUGAAACGACCAAAUUUGUGCUGCAAUAUUUGUGCUCGGUGACAUGUGAUGUAUCCACGUGGGUGCAACAACAAAUCCUCGAAGCAAACACAAUUUUAGAGGCAUUCGGUAAUGCGAAAACCAUACGAAAUGACAAUAGCUCACGUUUCGGCAAAUUUAUGCAAGUCUGUUUCGACACUAAAUGGUGUAUUAAAGGUUGUAUUAUACAGGAUUAUUUAUUAGAACAAUCUCGAAUUACGUUCCAAAGUACUGGCGAACGGAAUUACCAUGUACUUUAUCAACUGGUGGCUGAAGGUAAACGAAACGACGAUUUAGCCAAAAUUCUCCAUCUCCGAGAUCCAUCAUUCUAUCGGUAUUUGAAUGGUGGCCCAAACACGCACAACGGCGCCACCUACGGUGAAGCCGAAAUUCAAUCGGAAGCCAAGCGGUUCGAGGCGUUACGCUUAGCAUUUACUGUACUUCAAAUACCAGAAGCCAUCAUAAAUGGCAUCUUAAAAGUCUUGAGUGCCAUUCUUUGGUUGGGAAAUUUAGAUUUUGCUGACGUAGAUGGAGAACGAUGUGAACUCACCGAAGCAGAUAACGAGAUUAUUAAAAUUGUAGCCGAAGUGAUGGGAAUUCAAGAAAAUGAACUGAUUCAGGUCGCACUCAAGCGACAGAUUAACGUUCGAGGCAACAUCACUGAAAUUCCGCUAAAAGUACAGGAAGCACGAGAAAAUCGGAAUGCGAUGGCCAAAGCGCUAUACUCACGCACGUUUGCAUGGUUAAUAAACCAUAUAAAUACAUGCAUAAAUCCGGGAAAUGACGCGACCAAAUUUUUAGGUGUUUUAGAUAUUUUCGGUUUUGAGAAUUUUGCGUCAAACAGCUUUGAACAGUUGUGUAUCAACUAUACAAAUGAAAAACUGCACAAAUUCUUCAAUCAUUACGUUUUUGCAUUAGAACAAGAAAUUUACAAACAAGAAGAGAUUACGUUUUCGCAUAUUCAAUUCACUGAUAAUACACAGUGCUUGGAAUUGAUUGAAAAGCCGCCCCGUUGCAUUUUGAAACUUUUAACGGAACAAUGUCACAUGCCGAAAGGAUCAGACACAGCCUAUUUAACAAAUUUACAUGCUGAAUUCGAAUCAAACAGUUGCUAUAUUAAGGGUGCCGAUCGUCGACAUUGGGAAACUGAGUUCGGCAUCAGACAUUAUGCUGGUUGUGUGAGCUAUGCGGUCGAUGGAUUUGUUGACAAGAAUCGAGAUGUUCAGCAAGAUGUUUUGUUUGAUUUCAUGAGUCGAAGUGGUAAUCCAUUUGUUCAAGAAUUGGCCUCCUAUUCGGAUCUACUUACGAUUCAGCAUCAAAAUCAAGUGAACAACGGCGCUAUUGCAACCACAAUUCAACGAGGAACAUCAAAAGGAAAACUUACGGUUUCGGAUACAUUUCGACAACAGCUUCAAUCACUUGUGGAUGUACUUCAAAGCACAAACCCAUGGUAUGUGAGAUGUAUUAAACCAAAUGCUGAAAAACUGCCAAACGAUUACGACGACGCUCUAGUUUUGGACCAACUUCGUUAUCUUGGUAUGCUCGAUAUUAUACGAAUCAGACGGGAGGGCUUUCCCAUUCACAUGACGUUUGAUGAAUUCGUCAACAAAUAUCAAUGUUUGACAAAACGACACGGUAUAAAAUCGAAUCGCGAACAAGUGAUAUCGGUUAUCGCUGAGUUGAACAUUCCACAGACUGAGUGGCAAGUGGGCAAAACCAAAGUAUUUUUACGCAGCGUGGUUCAUGAGCCGCUAGAGGACGCACGUAAAGAAGUGAUAAACGGAACCGCAAUUAUAAUCCAGAAGGAGUGGCGACGAUACAACCAACAGAAGAAAUAUAAUAGAAUUCGAAAUGCUGUCCUUAAAAUCCAACACGCUUACAAAGGAUGGCAAUCCCGAAUCGAUUUUCUACGCAAACGUCGGGCUUGUAUUGUCAUCCAAAGUCAUCUCCGUGGAUUAUUUGCACGUGAGGUGGCUGCUGCACUUCGGGAGAUGCGGCGAGUCGAAGAAGAAAUGCGCAAACGCGAACGUCUCGAAGCCGAACGAAAAGAACGAGAGAAACAAAUCAGCGAGAAGCAAGCAGAAGACGAACGCAAAGCUAUUGAAGAAUGUGAACGUAUUUGUCGAGAGGAGAUUGAAGCAUUGUCCGAGAUUGCACAUCAGAUAAAUCACAAGUUGAAUGCGGAUGUCAACAGUAAUGUGGCCCAUCAGCAAAGCAACGAAUCGGUCGAUUUGGACAAUCUGUUUGCAUUCUUAAGCGAAGUAACGCCAAAUAACAGUAACAGUAAUAACAGCAACAGCAACAGCAACAGCAACAGCAACAGCAGCAGUUGCAGUAGUAAUAAUGGAAAUGAGCAUGAAAACGGUAAAAAUAAUGGUAACAACAACACAUCAUCAAUUAUCGAUGAUAUUGAGGAAGCGUUUCAUGAUUUGGAUGUUGAACUGGAGAAUGUUUUGCAACAAGAAAUGGAGAUCAUGGAAAACGAACGCACUAAUUCGAAUAAGUGUUCGUUAAGUGCCAAAAUGGGCGUACCGUCACUUCCAGAACCGACGUCGAGACCACCGCCACCGCCAAACCUACCCAAAAUGGCACCGAACAGUAUUAGUAACAACACUCCAAUGGGCCUAAAUGUGCCCGAUCUAACAACUGAAGUGAUUCCAUUGAAUAAACCGCCACAAAAACCAGCCAGUGCAAAGAUUGCCAAAAAUACCGCACGAAAAGAGGAACCAAUUUACGAAGCAGUCAUACCACGCCAUGAACUUCCACCGGUAGUUGAGGUGCCCGAACCAAUGACGAAUUCCUAUGAAGCUAAUCAAAAAUUGAGACCAAAAAGUCCAUCCGUUCAUCAGGCCAUUCGAUCAGGUAGUCCACAACAGCAUAACACAGUGGGAUUUCCAUUGCAACCAUCAUCUCCGAAACAUAAUCGUCUGAACUCGCGCACGCCGCCUACUCUCAACUCUGCGAAUGUAAACAAUGCACAACAGAAUCACUAUGGAUUCACAUCCGAACGCACCGAAAGACGAAAGUUUCGCGUGGAAAAGAAAUUACAAGAAAUGCAACAAACCGAUGUGGUUGAAAGAGAGCGUGAAGCAACUCGUGAUGAUGUGUACUUUGAUAUCCUUGAGUUUGCUGAAAACAAUUUCAAUACACAUGAACGAACCCCGGAAGGAACGAUCAUCGCCACUCUGACACGCAAAGGACGAAAGUCUGUGGACUUGGUGCCAAAAUACGAAAUGAUUACAUACUAUCGCGGAAACUCAAUACCAACAUCUCAUAUUCAUAUGUAUGAUCCGGAGAAUGUUACGAUCGCAUGCAACAUUUUCAAGGAUUUGUGCAAAUAUGCUCGAGGUGAAUUAAAUGCAGAAAGAGAAUUACAAGUGAUUCAGUACAUUAUUGGGCAAGGCAUUGAGAGAGAAGAGUUGCGUGAUGAGAUAUUCGUGCAGUGUAUGCGACAGGCAACCAACAAUCCACACCCAGAAUGGACUGAUCGCAUUUGGCUACUUAUGUGUUUGUCUAUUGUUGCUUUUCAACCAAGCAAAUUACUCAUAAGAUAUUAUGCAUGCUUCUUGAAGAAGAAUCUCGAAAUGUUAGAUGGUAAACUGAGGCAAUACGUUCAAUGGUGUUUGGAUAAUUGUAAAUACACCAAGGUUUCUCCGCGUCAAUAUCCACCAAGUUCAGUUGAAGUAGCGGCAAUGCGACGCCUUGGCACAAUCGUAUGUAGAUUCUUCUUCCUCGAUGGUAGAACAAAAGCAAUUGACGUUCAUCCAACUGAUAGCGCUGCCGAUGCUGUCCAAAAAUUAGCUGAAAAACUCUGUUUAUGCAAUACGGACGGUUGGGCAAUCUAUCAAUCUCGUCCCGAUGGUGAAGACCAUGUCAAAAGUCAUGAUUAUCUAUACGAUAUAAUUGCGGCAUGGGAACUAAAGCAAACGAAACCAGCGGCGGUCACAACGCCAUCAUCGAUGAACGGAGGCAGCAACACAAUACGCCGUAAUCAGGUUGGAUCUGGUGAAAAUCGGUUUGUCUUCAAGAAGCGAUUGUUCAAGAGCACUCGUGAGCUGUCACAAGAUCCAAUUGAAGUGAAUAUGCUAUAUGCACAGGCUGUUUACAGUGUCGUUAAGUGUGAUGACUUCCCUGUGAGCGAAAAAGUGGCAUUACAGCUGUCCGGAUUGCAGGCACAAGUUGCUCUUGGUGAUCCAUCUGCUCAACCAAAACCAGAGUAUUACACGGAUGUUAGCAGCUUCUUGCCGGAGAGAAUAUCGGGAACACGUGAGGAUGCAUUCUGGGUACCAAUCUUGGCACAAGCACAUCGACAAUACGGCGCUGGAAGAUCAGAAUUAACGGCCAAAGUGCUCUAUUUGUCAUGCGUCAUGCAAUACCCACUGUACGGUACAACCAUGUUUGGAGUCAUUUAUCGCGGUUAUUGGAGCUAUGGAAAUAGCCUUAUUUUGGGUGUAAAUUGUGAGGGACUUAUGCUAAUCAAACCGGACGACAAAUUUGUCAUUUAUGAAUUCCGUUACGAUUCCGUUGAAUCAAUCAUGUUGGAUCCGAGUGAUUCAUUCAUUACAAUCACUUUGAAUCGAACACAAAACCCAGCUGGCGAUCAACAAAGAUGUUUUGUUUUCGAGACUACGCAAAAGAAUGAGAUCGGAUCUUUGAUAAUUUCAUACUAUCCGCCAUUGUCCUCAUGGAUCACUGACAAUGAAGCCAUUAAUGGCCCGGCACAAAAACGAAUCAAGGGUGUAACAAACGAAGAUCGAGUCCGAUUCCAUCACAAUGUUGUAGUCUGUCGACGCCAUUUGGUUGAUACCAACGAACUGUUGCGUAAACCACAAGAUGGAAAUGCGGGUGGUUUCUUGAGAAAUACAUUACGUCGAUUGUCCAAGCAUCGUAUUGAAAAAUUGAGAGCCGAACAUGGUGUGGCAACAAUUCAAGACCAUGGCGAAACAUAUAAAGGCUUCCCUCAUGCCUACUGGGCAUUCAGUAGACAACUAUUGCCGCAAAGCUUGACAAAGAUACCCGAUUCGGAAGAGGAAAUCAUGUUGAAAAUAUUCCAAACCAUAUUGAAUUACGCUGGUCUUGGACAGAGUGGCGAAACCAUCCAAAGAGCCGAAGAUGAACAUAUUACGCUUAUUCAAUCAAUAAUGGAACGAAGUAUGCGCAAAGAAAGCCUCCUCAACGAAUUGUAUUUGCAGUUGAUUAAACAAACAACCGACCAUCCAGAUCCGAACUCUCGAGUGAAUUUGCGACAUUGGGCACUGUUAUCGCUGGCGUGCAGUGUGAUCUUGCCACCAUUGAAGGUUCUUCGCAAAUACUUGAUAGCUCACCUCAAGAGAUGCGCUAGUGAUUUUAUCACCGAAGAAGGCAAAUAUGCUCGCUUCGCCGAGAAAUGUCUAUAUAGAACGCAGGGCACACGUCGUCGACUGUGGCCUCCGUCCCGAGAAGAAAUCGUUUGCACCAUUAAUCGCCGACCAAUCUACGCACGUUUCCAUUUCAUGGAUGGUCAAUAUCAUUCGGUCGAAUUCCAUCCAAGCUCGACUGCUCGUGAGGUGUUGGAAAUUAUCAAAAACAAGAUUGGUUUGAAUGAAGGAGCUCUGGGAUACGCUAUCUAUGAAGUGCUUGGCGCAUCCGAACGAAGUCUAAUGCCCGAUGAGAAAAUUGCCGAUGUAAUGUCAAAAUGGGAAAAAUAUCGCAACGCUGCCGCUCAAGCAGUGCAACAGAAUCAAAAUGGAUCGAAUACGAAUCUACCAGCCGCUUGUCGGCGACAACAUCACUUGUUCCUGUUCAAAAAACAUCUAUUCUACGAUAAGUACAUGAACUUGGACGAUGCGGUUGAGAAGGAGCUUCUUUAUCACCAAGUGCUGCAUCAAAUGAGAAGUGAUCGCUUCCCAAUUACCGAAAUGGAGGCAGUCAUGUUGACCGCACUGCAAGCACAGCUCGAAUUAGGUGACUUUAUCACAAACGCAAAUGCUCCCAAUGAAAUUGUUCAUGACUAUCGACCAGUGGCUGCGCAUUGUUUGCCGCAACGAUAUAUACCAAACUUGCCCCAACAAGCCGUCGCGAUGCACCAUCAAUCUUUGCGCGGCAUGACCUCAGCCGAAGCGAAGAAAUCAUUUUUGAAUUUAAUCCAAAGUUGGCCAAUGCAUAAGGCAACUAUUUUUGAUGUUAUGCAAACAUUUACAUCGAACUGGCCGCGAGUAUUGUGGCUAGCUGUUGACCAAAAGGGCGUCCAUUUAUUGGAACAUCGAUCUCGAAAUACACUCUGUACAUACGACUACACAUCGAUUCUCUCCUAUUCACCAAAUAUGAAUUGUCUCAUGAUUAUCACCGGAUCGGAUAAGAAGCAAUCCAAAGUCAUUAUAACCACGGCACAGGCUUUCCAAAUUGCCAAUUUGAUUCGUGAAUACACUGAAGUGCUAACCGCAGCCGCCGAAGAGCAGGCAAAGGAAUUCGCCACUCAAGGUGACAUGCGUCAGCAGCAACUGCAACAACACAGUCAACUGCAACAAAUUGCCAACAAUCAAGUGAGAUUCCACCAGAUGCAACAAGCUAAAAAUGGCCAAACAAAUAUUCCACAAAAUCAAACCCACUUCCGACAUGCACAACAAACACAGUUGGUACCGCAACCCAGCUAGCUAAACGCCAACACGAAUUCCUUGUUAAGAGGCAAAAUUAAGCGCUGAACACUUUUACAGGACGGAACUAAUGAUUCUUUUGAAUUUUUACAGCAUUUUUACCGUUUUUUAUUAUACAUUUGAGUUUAGAAUUAUUUUUUUUUCGUCAACAUUUGUAUACAAAUAUUUAUAUCAAAACUUUGAUAUUUUUACAAUUCAUUAUGGCCGAAGUCAUGCUUAUACUCGAAACAUGAACUAAUCGAAAAUACUCGUAUAAACGUAAAACAAGUGUCAACUACUGCAAUACACACAUUGCAAAUACAUUCAAACUUUAUUUUUUAAACGAAACACAUAACACAAAAAAGUUAUAAGAAAUAUAUGUAAAUACGCUAUUAACUUAAAUGUACUUACCCCCGCAAACUGGCGCUCUUUAAGUUUUAAACAGUGAGUGGAUUGAGAAAAAGCAAACAGGAGUAAUGGUGUUAUUUGAGAGAAAGAAAGAGAGGGGAAGGGAAUCAGUACAAAAUUAUAGGGUCAAAAAUGAGAGUGACGUUUUCGAGACAAGAAUUGUUGAAAUAAAAGAAAAAUUAAGUUUAAUCGGAGUUUUGGAAAUGUCACACUUAUUUCUGGCGUUGAGAAUUUAGCCUAGUACCCAAAAAGAAAUUGACACCAGUUUAGUGCUGGUUUGCUGCUCUCACACCACACUACAUACAGUAUGCAGCAUACCAGCACUAAACUGGUGUCAAUUUCUUUUUGGGUAUUCAAACAAUUACUUUUAGAUUACUUUAGAGUCAGUGUACUAAUUUUAUGCAAGAAAUUUGUAACACUAAAUCAGAUAGAAAAAUUGACAUAACGAAAAGUUUAACAAAAGUUUGUGUGCUUGUAUUUAUUUGAAAAAAAAAAAAAAAAACGAUAACUGUUUUUGUGACAAGGACUGAACACUCUCGACAAAUACAAAAAGAUAGCAUAAAUUAUACUCGAUGAAAAAAUCGCUUUAUGGCAAAAAAUAUCUUAGACAUUACCUAAUAAUCAAAUUAAGCUCAGGAUCUGUUAAAAUAAUCACUCAAAUUUGUUUCAUUCGCUCGAAUAAAGAGCAUAAUGCAAAAGUGCAUCGCUGUCAUUUUCAUUCUAUGGAAAAUUCUUCGAGCAUCUCGUAUAGUUAUAACAUGGUAGAUUUAAUCUAAAUUAACAGCGUUGCACUGUCGAAUGGAUAAUUGUCACAUUUUAGUUUUACUGAAGAUUUUUUUUUUCUGUUAAUAAAACUGUUAAUCUAUUCAA